AUGAAGAAAAUGGGAGAUGACCGAAAGCAAAGCCUGGUGACGGGGCUGACAUCAAGUAGUCGGAAAUACAUCCCGACGUGGUACAACUUUGACAAGACUGGAUCGGAACUUAACCUUACAGCUGUCACGAAAAAUGGUGGAUACUAUUUGACAAAAAGUCAAACUUCAGGUUUGGAACAACAUGUGCAGGAUAUAAUUCCUCGGGUUCCAUAUGACUUUACCUUAGUUGACCUCGGAAGUGGAGACUGUUCCAAAACGAGAUAUGUUAUAGAUGAGCUACUGAAAAGACAACAUAACCUUUCGUUUUUCCCUGUUGACAUUUCUAGAGAAUUUCUUUUGAAUUCUACAAAGAAACUGAGAGAAGAAUAUGCUGACUCGCUCGUAGUUACACCUAUAGGUGCGGACUAUCAACAAGGAGUAGAGCAACUGAAGGGACAGAACCCAAAACCUUCCUCAAAGAGACUCAAACCCGCGACCUGCGAACUCCUGUUGGAAGCUCUGACAAUGAGCUACCUGGCCACCGAUGUUCAGUCCAGUUCAGUUCCACUACAAGGGAACAGCCUCAUUCCCCUUUUUCCAUGA